AUGUCAGAGCAAGCACAAUGGGCCCCAGGCCCCAUGAGCAGGCCAAUGCAAAUGAACCAUGGAUCUUCAGGGAUUCCUCGGUUUUUGGGUGCCAUGUCUAGUCCUGAACCUGAUAUGAAAUGGGAAGACCUAGAGGCGCUGGAUGCGCCUCUCGGCCCAGAUGUGACUGAGCCUCUGGAAUCUGAUAUGAAAAGGGAAGACACAGAGGUGCUGGAUACGCCUCUCGGUCCAGAUGUGACUGAACCUCUUGAACCCCAUAUCCUAGAGACGACGGAUACGCAUAUGGAUGGCUAUCUCCCAGCCGGCGUUUUGGGCAAAUUCUCCUCUAAGCCCCGCUACCCAGACUCCGAGAUAGCGCUGCUAGAAAAUCACGGAUGGAUCCGAACACGCUUUCUUGGCAGCAGCAACAAUGUACAAGUUUUCGUGCUGCCGAACGCGCAGCAAAAUAAACCCAUUAAAAAAAGGAAAAGAGGGGAAACCGAAAAUAAUCUCCUAACCCAUCUCAAACUGGUCAUGUCUAUGAUAGACAACUCCUCUGAAGCAUGGAACGGCUUGGUUGAUGCCCAUGCUGGUCUAAUUGCCAACACUCAGCCCGAUAGCGGCGAAGAAGAUUCCCUGUAUUACAUAUUCAAUACGCUGCAAGAACCCGCUCUGGACUUGGAUCGCCUAACAGAUUUGCACUCCCGGGACGCUAUGGAGGCAUUGCUUGGUGAUUCGGUUCUAGGUCUUAAAACACAGCUUCAUCCGUUUCAGCGCGAAUCUGCUGUUGUGAUGGUGCAGCGGGAGGCAGAGCCGGCGCUAGCGCUUGAUCCGAGAUUCCAGCCUUGGCGGGGUCCGACUGGGUUGGAGUUCUAUUACAACAAAGACUCUGGGAGCAUUUUGAGGGACAAGAUAUUGUAUCCCGAGGCUUGUGGAGGGAUUUUGGCAGAGUCCAUGGGAUGUGGGAAAACCCUCAUCAGUCUUGCUGUGAUAUUGGCUACGCGGGGACAUUUUCCCCAAAUCCCGGUGGAGUAUCAAACACUCGAAAACCCGAUUAGGAGCAAGACUGGAACAUUAAUGGAAAUGGCUGCUGCUGCUGCUGGUCGCUUUUCCCUGCCUUGGAAGGACUUCUUUGACCGGCAGCUGGAAACAAAACAGAAAAAUUACGAUAAUUGUAGGAAGGCCUGUAUGGCCCAGAGUGGUUCCUACAUGAUACCGGCGAAACGCGACAAUCAAAGGUCUACAUCGGGGUACGCCGAGCCGGCGGAGCACAUUCGUCUCUGCUCUGGUACACUCGUUAUUGUCCCGGAAAACUUGAUGGACCACUGGGAACGUGAGAUCGCUACUCACACCAGCGAUCUGAAACUCUUAGUACUGCGAACGAAGGACACGACACCAUCAACGGACGAACUUCUGAACUUUGAUAUUGUGAUGUUCUCCAAAGGCCGAUGCAGCAAAGAGAAAGCAACCCGCAACAGUCGUGCGCAGAAGUCGGAUGCCCCUAUUCUCGAUCUUCACUGGUUGCGAGUUAUUGUCGACGAAGGGCACAACCUUGCGGGUAAAACAACGGAAAUGGUCGACUUUCUAAGAAAACUGAAAUUUGAACGCCGCUGGAUGAUCUCGGGAACUCCUCUCUCGGAAAUGUAUGGAGUGGAACUUAGCAUUGCUUCACAGGAAGUGGGCACAGACGACACUGAAUCGUCACCCGACGAUCACGCCGGCUCCAUCCCUCAAACCCGCAGAAAGGGGGGCAAUGAAGACCCGGACUUGAGGAAAUUGGGCGACAUGGUUCAUAAUUUCUUCAAGCUCAUGCCUUGGGCCAACAAUCCUAAAGAAUGGGCAUGCUACACAAAAACGGUGGGUAAAGAUGGCAUUUCUCGAAAAUCUCCAUCUCUACGUGCGACCCUCCAGGGUCUGGUUGUGCGACACCGGUACGAAACGGUCAAAAAAGAGAUCACUCUUCCACCACUGUAUAACAAAGUGGUCUACCUUGAACCAACUUUCUACGACAGGCUAUACAUCAACAUGUUCCUGUUUACACUCGCAGUCAACGCCAUUACAUCUGAACGUGAAGGUCCCGACUAUAUGUUCUAUGAGGGUGACGAAAAGAACAAGAAAAACAAAAAUAAAAACAAGCUCACUGAGUUGAUACAAAACUUACGUCUGGCUGGAUUUUGGUGGGCUGGCAAUGAUGAUGUCCAAAGCACUGUCGACAUUGCCCUAGAAUAUCUGGAAAAAAACCAAGAGAAGAUGACAGUAGCGGAUUUCAACCAAUUGAAACAGGGCAUCCAGAUCGGACGAAAGGCAAUUAAUUCUCCUGGCUGGAAUGGAUUCAAAAGGAUGCAUGAGCUUGGAGUCUUCGUUCGACAUUUCCCAGAGCAUGCUCGCAACAUGUGGGCCCUUGAUGCCACAGACACCGACCACGAGCCUCUGCUCAUGGGUAUGACCCAAGCCCGUCGCGCGCAGGAAUUUGUAAUGAACCGUCUUCGCAUGUCUGAUCCCGCCGAUGGACUCGCAGGAGAGGGUAUCAAAGUUCGUCGGGAGCUAGUUCGACACAGCCAGACAGCUACUUCAAAAAAGAAAGACAAAGAUCAAACUUUGGACUUCUACACUCUCCCGGAAACUUCGCCCUUGAAACAAACGAAGCUGGAAGGAGUAGCAUCGGCCAAGCUUCGGUACUUGUUGGACCAAGUGCUGAAGUUCCAAAAAACCGAGAAAAUCAUCAUCUUCUAUGAACACGACAAUGUCGCUUCCUGGGUCGAACAGGGCCUAGACUUAAUAGCAGUCAAAUUCCGCACCUACGCCAGUACCGCAAGCAUGGGAUCCAACGUCAAAACCGAGAGUCUGAGUGAAUUCCGCGAAACCGACGAAGUCCGCGUUCUGCUGAUGAGCGUCAAACAAGCCUCGCAUGGCCUCCACAUCCCCGAAGCCUCGCGGAUGUACAUCGUCAACCCGAUCUGGGAACGCAACGUGGAAAGCCAAGCCAUCAAACGAGCCCACAGAAUCGGCCAGAAAAGACCAGUCUACGUUGAAACCCUCGUCCUUGGCGACACCCUCGAAUACCGGAUGCUCAACCGCAGCAAAAACAUGACCGCCGAGGAGACAAAACACGCAGGAAAUGACCCGCUUCAAGAUAGUACCAUGAGCGAUAUCAUCAAGAACGAGCCCUUUUUGCCCAUGCCCGACGAGGCUUCGGCCGGUAUGGCCCCGCUGACACAUCCACUCGGGCUAUUUGAUCGGCAUAAAUUGCCGAUUCCCGAUAAAGAGAAGGUCCGUGCGUCUAAGUCAUCGGGGCAGAAACGGCCUCGGGUUUUGGAGUCCGAUGCCGAUUCCAAUUCGAAUGGCGUUAAGGGGCCAUCGGCCCAGCGGCGACGGAUUGGGUUUGUGGAGAAUGAUCAGGUCAUGGGUGAUGGUGUCGUGGAUGCGGUUCCUAAGCCGCUGCGGCCCGUGCCCGGGGUGAAUUCGGCUUCUGAGGCUGGGGUCCCUAUCUCUGGACCUUCACGGACUGGCUUUGCGAGGCUUGGGAUGGUUAUUGGAGGUGGCGAUGGAGCAUCUGGGGCAUCUGGUCAAGUGCGAUUCAUGCCGAUGCACCGGGUGGUAGAUUUUACCGGGGACGGUGUUGAUAAGCCGCCCUCGUUGUUCGGGCCGUCCCGGCCAUGA